GCAAAGACAAAGAGCAACGCCAAUUUACGCGACGAAACCCAAAAGGUUCGGAGCGCGAAAGGGUCGGAGCUUUGGGACACAAAAACGAAUUUUUACCAGCCACGAAGAGACAGAAAUAUUGGCACCUACGAAGGUGAAGCCAAUCACUACUCGUCCCCGCAUGUUGUGGAACAAGCAGAGACCCGAUCAUCGAAGCAGGGAAUUUCGGCAAGAGGGGCUCGCAAUUUCUGGAGGCAGCAGGAGCAGCGGAAAAACAGUAGUCCUUCGACGUACGAGCUUGGUGGACCACUUGGAGAUCCGAGCUCCUCUUCAGCUGCGUCUACUUUUGGACACAAGCACUCGCAUUCGGCCACCGCUGCUGCAGACACGACGACAGAGCAUCCACCGAGCCACCUUUUUUAUCCGGACACUGCGCUGGAUCUCGUUACUCAAAAAUCCUCCUCCCAGUCUUCCCGGGAUUCUUCACCUCCAUGCGCUGGUUUUACUGAAGAUGGGAGAAGUGUUGCUGUGGUCGACGCCCGCGCCGGCAGGCCGCCCGCAUUCUCAAAUAAACGACAAAACAAUAGUAUGACGCUUUCAGCUCCUUC